GAGUGGGCUGCAGGGGCCUCGCGCGCGGGGCUCACUCGCGCAGCGGCGGCCCGCGCGCUCCAUCCAGCUCGGAGCUGCCGCGAGCCCCAGCCGCCUGCCUGGCUGGCCGCUCCGGCCCGCGGCGCAAAUGGCUGUGCGCGGCGCCAACACCUUGACGCCCUUCUCCAUCCAGGCGAUCCUCAACAAGAAAGAGGAGCGCGGCGGUCUGCCCGCGCCGGAGGGGCGCCCCGUACCGGGGGGCACAGCGGUGGCAGUGGCUUCGGCGCCCGCUGUCUGCUGCUGGCGGCUCUUUGGGGAAACAGACGCGGGCGCUCUGGGGGGCGCCGAGGACUCUCUGCUGGCGUCGCCUGCCAGGACCAGAACGGCUGCGGGGCGGACCGCGGAGAGCCCGGGAGGCUGGGACUCGGACUCCGCGCUGAGCGAAGAAAACGAGGGCGGGCGACGCUGCAAGGACGCGCCGGGGGCCAGCGGGGCCUGCCGUGCAGGAGGGACCCUGGGCCUCGGCCAGACGGUCUGCGAGCUGCCCACCGCCAAGGAUCUGGACGAGGAAGCCGCGGGCCGGAGCGACAGCGAGAUGUCGGCUAGCGUCUCAGGCGACCGCAGCCCGAGGGCCGAGGACGACGGUGUUGGCACCGGUGGCGCACGCGUGCCCACCUUGUGCGGAGGCGGCGGCGGCGGCGGUGGCGGUGGCGGCGGCGGGCCGGCGGGCGGCGCGGAGGAGGAGGAGGAGCCCGCGGCUCCCAAGCCGCGCAAGAAGCGCUCCCGCGCCGCCUUCUCCCAUGCGCAGGUCUUCGAGCUGGAGCGCCGUUUCAACCACCAGCGCUACCUGUCCGGGCCCGAGCGUGCAGACCUGGCCGCGUCGCUGAAACUCACUGAGACGCAGGUGAAGAUCUGGUUCCAGAACCGUCGCUACAAGACCAAGCGCCGGCAGAUGGCCGCCGAUCUGCUGGCCUCGGCACCUGCCGCCAAGAAGGUGGCGGUGAAGGUGCUGGUGCGCGACGACCAGAGACAGUACUUGCCCGGGGAGGUGCUGCGACCACCCUCGCUGCUGCCACUGCAGCCCUCCUACUAUUACCCUUAUUACUGCCUCCCGGGCUGGGCGCUCUCCACUUGCGCGGCGACCGCGGGCACCCAGUGAGCCGGCCUGGAGUGAGGCAGCGGAGGAUCCUUGGGCCCCAGCUCCGGACCGGCGCUGAUGGCUGUGCAGAUUGUGCCCUCUGCAGGGACGCCCUGCCGAGGGGGCAGGUGAAGGAUAAUAUACAGCUCUAAUUCUGCUUUCCAGGAUGCGCGCUCUGGCCGCGGGACCGGGUCUACCCAGAGGGGGGCGCCUUUUUCUAACUUGAGCAGUGGCAUCUAGGGGCCCUGUUCCCCCCACCCCUCACCUUCCCGGAAGCCUUUGGACGUUAUUUAUUACCACCACAAUGCUGGAUUUGGAUUGUGUCUGCCGGGGGUGGCGUUUCCCCAGAGCAGAGAGAACUCCUGGAGACCACAUAAGCCUGAAUCCCAGAAUUUCAGGCCUGCCGGGAGCUUCGUGCGCUAGGCCACACUAGUUCAUGGUAUCCAUGCUACCAAUCUAUGUGUAUCUACAUAUCUAUUAUUUUUGAAAGUUGCAUUUGUUAACAAAGCGGUGCGGAACCCUGGCAGUCCCUAGGAGCCCCAGGCCAGGGGUUCAUUGAACCGUGAAGGGUUAGAUUUGCAGGUUUGCAUACCCUCCGCCCCACCCCUCCCCCGGUGUCAGACUCGGGUGGGGGCUCCGGAUUGGGCGCUGAAUGUAUGGAAGGGAGCCUCUGAGCACAGGGCAGGGCGAGGGCCCCCAGCAUCUUCCCUCUCGGAGGUCCAGGGCUGCGACCAACUCGGGUAGCUCCUGGGAGCCCCCAAAACCAGGAGAGAGCACACCCAGGAGCCCUUCGCAGAACUUUCCUUUAUUUCUUUUUACUUUUUUUAAGGAGGUUAAAACUUGUAGCACUUUUCAGUUGUUUGUAUUCAAAUGACGGCUAUUUUUGUAUUCAAUGUGAAUAUCCUUGAUCAGCCUUUCCUCGGCGGCGUCCUCUGCAGUUGGCCGCCGGAUCCUGUCUUAACCGUCCACCCUCCGCGCGACUCCUGUGUCCUGACCCAGGAUUCUCCCAUCCCUGUCCCUGCCCCUAAGACAGGUGAUCCUGUCAACCUCGUGUCAACGUCCCCGCUUUUUGCCUCCUUAAAGGCACUGUGCACUCAACUAGAGUAUUACCUUUAAAAAGAUUUGUGAAAUUUGGAAGCUCUAUUCGUUGUAUUUUUUUCCCCUUUAAUUUAUAAACGUGUAGUUUAACAUGC